CACUCGCUGUGGUGGGACGUGAGAGAGACUACACACACGUGGCCUCUUGUGUGAACUUCGAUGAGACGGAGACCGAGAAUUUAAUUUUUGGAUUAUGGUUAUUGGAAAAAUUUGGAAAUAAAUGUCUAUCUUCGGGCUCCUUUAUUCGAAGAUCAUUGAUCCGUUGUUAAUGUAAACUGGGGAUUAUAUGGUUUAGAGUCAAAUUCCUCGCAGAACUCGUGCAAAAAGUGAAUAGAAGCAGAUCAAACAAAUACACCAUAGCCAUGAACCGAAAUGAAUGUGCUGCGCUUUCACAAAUUUAAAUAAACUAGAUUUCAUUGAUGUUUAAGAUGCCACAAUGAUACAGGACAGUACUUUCGUAGCAUAAUAAGAAAAAAACAGCCAAUAACCGGAUGCAAUACACGCAGUUACUUACAAAGGAGUCUACGUAAAAUAUUAGAGAGAAGAUUUCUACAGAUGCAUGCACUUCAGUUAAGCGGCGCACGGGAGUAAACCAACUUCCUUUGGAUAACGACGGCCGCCCUCCCUCCUCCCUCCGCGAUGUUGGUUCCGCCCCGGGAGAUCGUAGGCGGGGGGCGCCCUGACCAGCCCUUGGAAGCCCCGCCCGCUUGCCCCGGCGUGACGCAACUCAGCAUGACAGACACCCAGCUUACAGUGCAGUGUGAGGGGAACGUAACCUGUACGGCUCUGGACCUGCAGCCCGGCGCCACGAUUGUGUCGCCGAUUCUGUUGAGCUUGAGUGGGGUCGCGGGGCAGAUAUGGGCGCUGUACUACCUCUACACGACGACAAGACCGCAACAAUCACGCACCGUUUUCUUCGUCCUCUUGAGCACCUUAAUAUGGACGGAUCUCAUCGGGAAAGUGAUUACAACACCGCCCGCCCUCAUUGCCUACGUCCAUCAUGAGUGGAAAGGAGGGAAGGAGCUGUGCAACUUCCACGGAUUUUCCAUGAUGUUGAUCAGCCUUGUCACGCACCUGUUAGUUUCCACAAUGGCGGUCGAGCGUUUCAUUGGGAUUCGUCACGGAUACUUUUAUAACAAGAACAUCACCACCUCGAGGACCAAGUGAGUAAAUAUCAGUCUUUAUAACACACUCUCGUAUAUUCCUGUGACUAAUAUGAUCUCUUUUUCACACUCCUAAGACAAUAUUUCUAUCAACCGACGUGAGUGAUGCUGAGUGAUGCCACGGGGAUGCGAUUAUUGUUCGUAAAUCGCCCGCUUUUGACGGGUAAAAUGUUCUUGUAAACAGAUUUCACACACUCACUUACAGACGCGUACACACAUGGACGUGGAUAUACGUAUGACAGUUCUGACAGAGAUAAGAAUCAUUCACACCUGCAGUCUUCUUCUCCAUCAACAUACUCGUAAACCUGGCGUAUCUUUGGGAUAAAAUUGAUUUUUUUUGGGGGGGGUGUAUAAUUGUGUGUGUGUGUGUGUGUGUGUGUGUGUGUGUGUGU